GUCUGUGGCAUUCUGUGGCAAUCAAGUGGCAAUGCACUGACUCACCGUCAAGUCAAUCAAUUGUAUUUUUAUUUUGUUUCGUACCGUAAUUAUUGUAAUAAUGUUUUAUAUCAUUAAUUAAGUGAAAAGUGGCACACAUUUCUUUUUUUUUAUUAUUCAUGAAGUGAUUUACAAAAACAGCGUAAUUUGAGGCACAGGAAGUGAUACAUAGUCUUGUUUGAUUUUAACACAAUACCGAUUAUCGAGGCGCUACUAUGGCUGAAAAGAAAAUCCAAGAAAACCCACUGCCGGAAGCGCAAACAGAGCCGGCAGAACGGAAAGACAUGGCAGCGAUACCGGUCCCGUAUAAGCCUUCAUCCCCAGCCACAGCCCCUGCACCAGCCCCGCAUGUCUCUGUACCAACAUUCACAAAGGCCGCUCCAAAUGAUCUGUAUAGGAGGUUGUUGCCUGCAGUUCUGUUUGUGCUCACAUUUGUCACUGUGAUGACCAUGUUGCUCAUUUAUAUGGAUACUGUUGCGUUAGGCGCCCAGCAGUUCCGAGUGAACAUGUCCCGGGACUAUGAGCUGGCGCGUAUCCCGGCGGAGUCGCCCGCGCUGGUGGCGUUCGUGCGGCAGCUGCACCUGGCGCCGCGCGCCCCCCUGGCGCCCCCCGCGCCCCCGGCGCCCCCGCAAGCGCCCCCACGCUCCGUGCGCGUGCUUGACGCUCUGUACGGACCCAUCGAGAACGGCACGUUCGUGGACGUGCAGCCGUCGGGCGGCGCGCACGCGGGCUGCGCGUGGCUGCGCGCCGCGCGCGCCUGGCGCGGGCUCAGCGCGCGCGCGGCGCCGCGUGACUUCCUGGCGCUGCGCGGCGCGCGCGCGCUGCACGCCUGUCUCAGCCUCACCGCGCAUCCGAGGGAGGUGACGUUCCCGGAGCCGGAGUCGCAGUCAGCAGCGUUCAGUUCGCGCGUGCUGUGCCUGCCGCUGGUCACCAUCCUGCUGGCGGCCGACGCGCUGGACGCUGACUACGUCGUCCUGGCCGGGGACGUGCUGCCUGCGCUCGCGCAUGUGCCCUUCGGGGACGGCCGGCUCAGAUUGAAGGUGAUCGAGGUCCGGUCGCAGGAUCCCUGGUCCCGGAACCAGACCACACAGUUCCUGCAGAACAAGAACUAUACCGUGGCGGCCGAGUUCUCCGACGCCGUCAUGUACGCUUUGAAGGUUUGAGGCAUCUACAAGGUUAUCGUCUCAAGGUCGUCGGUGUCGGUAACAAGGCCUUGUCCCAUUGCUCAGUCCGCCGUUCGUGGUGCUCCGUUGCUCCAUUGUUUUCUAUAUUCAAAAUUCGAAUCAUUUAUUCAGAAAUUAGACCUUCACUCUUUUUCACGUCAAUUUUUAAAUAGGUUUUGACAUUGACGUGCGAUGAUGAUCGUACAGUUUCUGUGUUGUCUGUCGACGGACGUCAAAAUGACGGAGCGUGACUGGGCGACGUUUUGAAGUAUUACUUUUCGUAUUUUAAACUAACUGCCGUCCCAUGAAACCAUAAUUAUAUCCCUAAAUCUUGGAGAAUCCGUUAGUUUUUGAGUUUAUCCCGCUCAUACAGACAGACGCGAUGCGAUGAACCUCUAUUUAUGAUAGGGAUAUGUAAGGAAAAUAAAACGUUAGAAUUCCAGCGGCAAUUGAACCCACACAUAACCAGGACAGGGCUUUUAAGCACGUACUCAAAACAUCAUAAUACGCCUAACGCUGGCUCCACACUAUCGCGGAAAAGUUCACUGAACUUUGAGGGAUUCAUACAUUUCUGUACAUUUUUUUAUACAUAGAAGUAGUAUAGUGGGCAGACUAGCGGGUCGCCUGAUGGUAAGCAAAUACCGCAGCAUGGAAAUCAAAUGGACACCGGCAUACGGGUCACCGGUGUGUAGUCGACUUUUUAAGAAAACUAUACUCUUUUCUUGAAAGCCCCAAUAUAGAAACUAUUAGGGACAUUUAUUCCAUAGUUUAGUACAGCGCAUUUACAUUGCGGUUAAUGCAUUCCCGUUGCCCCCGACGGAUGUGUGGAGCCUGCAUUAUAAAAUCUGUUACAGAAUUAAUUCUGUAACUUACAGAUUUGUUUUAACUUAAUCUGUUUUGCUCCUAAUACUUCAAAUGUAACAUAUAUACGUUUCUGUUUCUUAAGAGACGUAUCUGCUUUUGUCAAUCCAUGCGUACGCACGCACGCGUAUUCAAAUAGACAUAGCUAUUCGAAUGCGGACCUUAUUGCCUUUAACAGAUAUAUGGGUGAAUUUCACACAUUUUUUUUAAUAAGGAAUCUUUUUUUUAAAAUUAAACAUUUAUAAAAUUAACAUUGUACCAGUAUUUAUAAUUAAAUUGAUUACUGUGUAUGGUACAAUUUGAUAAACACUAAUGACAGCCCGCGGCGGCGUUCAGAACGCUCGUGAAACUCACCCUUAUUGGUCGCUAUGUCUAUUGUAAGCGUGUAUUCAAAAUCAAAUAUCGCGUCAUUGAUACUAAUUUCAUUAGUUUUAAUGACAAAAUCUGAUUUUUACUUUCUGUUUCUCAUAUAUUUUGGACGCAGUUAUAAUGUUUUUUUUUAUGAAGCAUAUAAAAGCAUUGAAUACUUUCAAAUAUAAUUUCAACCAAUAUAAAACAAAUAUAAUUUAUAUAUUCAAGUCGGCAACUAGGCACGUUAAUAUCUUUAUCGGCGGCUCGAUAACGUAUGUUCUAGGUCUUGAUUACAUCCAUAAUUUGGUGUGUUGCAAAUUAUGCUAGCCCUAAAUCGAGAGAUUAGACUCGUAAAUGACAUUCACGCUUUAAAUAUUUCUAAGAAUGUAAACUCUUGUCUGCAAAAAAAAAAAUAUUUUAGUUUUCCACUAUUAAUAACGGAUAAAUAUAAUAAAAAUAAAUAUAUUGUGAUUAUGUUUCAUAAACUUGUGUAUCAGCAUUUUAAAAUGUGAAUCAAAAAUGUUUCUUUUUUUAAUUUUCUUCUUUGUUUACAUAAAUAAUUAAGGCGUUGCUACGCCUUCAUUGAUUGGAAUUUCACCGUCUCUUUAAGAGAUCUUAUAUAAAACAUAGUGAGAUGAUCAGUAUCAGUAUCAAAUCACAAUGGGUAAAACGUAUGUUAAAUUUAAAUUGUAUGGGUGUUUCGCCGCACAAGAACAAAAUAUUACAAACUGAUUCAAUCACAAUAAACAAAUGUUUAGCUAUAGCCUGUACCACUCUAAAUUUCACAAUGAAAAUAAUUUUGUUUUAUUAUAUUUUUAUUUUACUUAAAGUCUGGUGUCAGAUGAGGAUGAGGUGAUUUUAAUCAAAGCGCUUAAAGGCAUCUGAUAUGACUAUUACGACUACCGCUAUUUGGCUGUUGUGUUUUCUUAAAAAAGGAGUGAAGAAUUAGUACAUUUUCAAAUAUUUCACACACGUUUUCAAAUUUCUCAAACGGAGAGUAUUCGCUCCAUCUCUAUUUGCCCAUCUCGAUUUAAAAAGUAUAAUAUUUCUUAUAAUUAAGAGAACAAAGUAUUAUUAUUUUAACUUACGUGAUUGUUUUGUAUUGAUUUUAUGUGAUUUAAUUUUCAUCUCUAUUAGUGAUCUUAGUGAUAUUUUAACGAAUAUGUUGAAUCGAAUACCUAUUUUUAUUUUCUAUCGAAGUGCCUUAAAUACUAUUUUAAGUUUUAAUUGUAAAAUUUUGGAGGUGGGUAUGUACGUACUUGAUAGAAUUUUAAAUAAUUCAUAACAUUAUUUAUUUCCUUUAGCCAUUUCAAGCCGUAACCACUCUAUUUAGAUUAUAAUAUAAUAAUCUAAAUAGAGAGUAUUUUCAUUUAAAAAAGUAUUAUUUAUAAUCCCAGUCAAAUAUAACAAUAGAAUUAUAUUUGUUUCAUUAAAUUUAUAUUAAAUAAAAAAUUCAAAUUUAAAUAGACUUAUCUGAACUACAUGUAUGUAGUCAAUCCUUCUGAACUCUGUUUUAUGAUUUUUAUGAAGUAAAAAGAAAACUAGCAACGUGUGUGUCACAUACCCGCAUCCAAAACAACCAUAGUGUCACCUAGAAGUAGAUGCACGAACAAACUGCACAUUAAUAUUACGGAAGGGAACUAGCUCAUCAGAAGAAAUGACAGAUAAAAUAUAUCGAAAGCAUAUAUAUCAGCUUUAUAAAACAUAGACAGAUAGACACGGAGAUAGCGUCAAAACUAUGAAAAAAAAUUAUAACACAGUAAUAACACAAGUUAUGUUGUGGUUUUAUCUGCCAUUUGGACUGAGACAAGUAAAAGUUGGACAAUAAAUAAGGUUUGUGCAAAGGUUGUUGAUAGGUAGCUUUAGAUUUUUUAGGCGUUGAUAUGGAUCAAGCCUGGCACUAUAUUGCAAGAUUCGAGUGGCUCUUCAAUUGUUUUUAACAGAAUAUAAAAAGUUUAAGGGCGUGUUCACAACUUUCUCAUGAAAUUAUAAUCUGACAGAGAAAUUAACUGUCACAUACAUCUGCUUGUGAUUGGCCAGUUAGCCCUAUCAAAAACUUCACAGCUUUUAACGCCGACAUGAUACAUAUAAACUAUAAGAGGUGUAACAUUAAGUAUUUUUUUAAUUGAAGAGUCACCACAGUCGUAAAAUUUUAAUACGCAGUAUGUAUUUAAUAACACCGACAUUUAGAGCGUACGAUUGUUUUGAAUUGUGCAUAAUAUUUUUAAAUUAUGAGAAUCUCAGUGAAAUAUUUUAAUUGCAGCUCAUAAAUAAAAGUUAAAUGUAUAAUCUUUAUUUUGUGUCGAUUUUACAGGCAGUAAGAUAAAACGGAGCUAAUAAUUAUACAAAACAAAUUUUAUACACAAUAACCUAAACGUUUCGCUUCAAUAUUUUUCAUACAAUAUUUUUAUGCAGAUUUGCGAAUAUAUCUAUUAUUUUGUCGUUGGUUUUCUCACUGCCUGUAGAAUUAGCGACAUUUUAUGAUGAAUCCAAUUGAUUUCAUUCCAAUAAGUUAUUGAAUUCCAUCUCGAAUGUAACGAUGUUAAGACUGAUCUACUUGAGUCGAGAACAACGGUAAAUUAAUUUAUUUUCUUAAAAUAAUUUACAGUUAAGUGAUAAUUAUUUUUUAAAUUAUGAAUUCGUAUUAAAUUUAUUUAAGUGAUGACAAUGAACAAUUAAUUAACUCUCCUUUAGUUUAAGAAUCUACGAUUAAGCUUAAUUUUAUACGCGCUCAAUUUUUUCACGAAUAAAUCAAAUGCUUUAAUGAAA